AUGUCCACUGAAGAAACAGCGACUCCCACAGAUUCCCGUGCGGGGACUAUGGCGCCUGAAUCGGUCACCCCUUCGUCGCCACUCACAGACCCGACUGAGGUUGAAGACUCGAAGUCUUCAGAUGACAAAGCAGACGAUGCGAAAGCAGAGUUAACCGAUUCAGAAGAUGUUGAAGGGAUGGACAGCAAGGCAAAAGCCUUGAUGCACUUGUUAAAAACGAGCUCCGUCUUUGUUGCGAUCAUGUCGGAUAAGAUGAAGCAACAGCAAGAGGAAGCACGCCUGGCCGCGAUCAAGCACCGCGAACAAGCUGUCACGAGUCAAAAGAAAACCAAAUCACCUCCUGAGCCUGCUCGCCGAGCUACUCGAACUCGAACAAACCAAGAUGCGACUGACAAAGAAAACAAAACACCAAAUGGAGAGGAUGCCAAUGAGAAGGCCCCGGCCUCCACCAGAGGUCGACCUAAGCGGGCAGCGGCGGCCAAUGGCAACUCUAUCUCUAGUUACUUUAAAAAGGCUGACGUGAAAGUGACUGAAGACAAUCCUUCGGUACAGCAAGCCCUUGAACAGGCUGCAGAUGACUACGAAACGAAUCCCAAAGCUCUUGGUGAACAAGACUUGGUUGCGACACAGCAGCCAGCACUUGUGACUGGUGGCAAAAUGAGAACAUACCAGCUGGAGGGUCUUGAAUGGCUCAAGACUUUAUGGAUGAAUGGGCUUUGUGGUAUACUUGCGGAUGAAAUGGGUCUCGGAAAGACUGUUCAAGCCAUUUCGAUGAUUGCGUUUUUAAAAGAGAAGAACGUUUCUGGGCCAUUUUUGAUCUCAGCGCCGCUCAGUACUGUGAGCAACUGGGUGGAUGAAUUUGCCCGAUGGACUCCGGGAAUCAAAACAGUAUUGUACCACGGCUCAAAAAGUGAGCGAGCUGCCAUGCGCAACAAGUUCAUGAAGAUGAAAAACCAAGGGGACAUGGACUUUCCUGUGGUCUGCACAUCUUACGAGAUUUGCAUGAACGAUCGAAAGUUCCUGGCGCAGUAUCAAUGGCGUUAUAUCGUUGUUGAUGAGGGCCACCGCCUGAAAAACAUGAAUUGCAAGCUCAUCAAAGAGUUAUUGACCUAUAACUCGGCCAAUCGUCUGUUGAUCACUGGCACUCCUCUUCAGAACAACAUCUCAGAGUUGUGGUCACUUCUACAUUUCCUGCUUCCUGAAGUUUUCAACGAUCUCAACUCGUUUGAGGGAUGGUUUGACUUUUCCUCUGUCUUGGAUAACAAGGGUCAAGCAGAUCUCGUUGAAAAACGAAAGCGCAACUUGGUCACUAGUAUGCAUGCCAUUCUGAAGCCCUUCCUUCUCCGACGCCUCAAAACAGAUGUUGAAAACACCCUUCCGAAGAAGCGGGAGUACAUUCUGUACGCGCCUCUAACCCCCGAGCAAAAAGAUCUCUAUCGAGAGAUCAUCAAUGGUACAGGACGCCAGUACCUCGAAGGAAAAGCCCUAGAGCGUCUAGAAAUUAAGAACGGCAGCUCCAAACGCUCGCAGAGUACGAAGCGCAAACGGAAUGGCAGUGGUGAUGCAACGCCAGUUAAGAGUUCCAAAUCCAGCGGGACAUCCACGCCAGCUAGUAAUGGAAAUAACUCUAACCGCCGUCGCCGACGCAGCACGCGUCAGAGUUACAAUGAUCUAAGCGAUGGAGAGUUUGACGAACAUUUACGCAAACUCGAGCUAGGAAUCGAGGAAGAGGGAAACAAGAGCGAACCUAGCGAUACCGAACUCGAAGAGAUCCAGCAGGCUCAGAAUCUGAAGCUUGCCAAGAAAGAGAUUGGGCAAAAGAAGAUGCAAAACCCCGUCCUGCAGGCUCGCCUUGCCUGUAACUCUCCACACAACUUCUACUGGCCAUGGAUGGACGAGUCCUCUUCUGUCGAUGAAACCCUCGUCUCUGCCUCUGGAAAAAUGCUUUUAUUGGACCGCCUGGUCUCGUGUUUGCUUAAGAAAGACCAUAAGAUCCUCAUUUUCUCUCAAUUCAAGACACAGCUUGAUAUCAUUGAGGAGUGGGCAACGACUCUCCGCUCCUGGGAGUGUUGCCGAAUUGAUGGCGCUAUUGCGCAAUCAGAUCGCCAGGCGCAGAUCAAAGAUUUCAAUACCAAGAAAAGUCACAAGCUCUUCCUCCUGAGCACCCGAGCUGGUGGCCAGGGAAUUAAUCUCACUGCCGCGGACACCGUCAUUAUCUUUGACUCGGACUGGAAUCCGCAGCAAGAUCUGCAGGCUCAGGAUCGAGCCCACCGCAUUGGCCAGACCAGGCCAGUGAUUAUCUACAGAUUGGCAACAAAGGGCACUGUUGAGCAGACACUCCUGGAGAAAGCAGACUCCAAGCGCCGCCUCGAACGUCUGGUCAUCCAGAAAGGCAAAUUCCGCUCCCUUCUGGACCCUAGUGCGAGUUCGCAAGAUAUCGACGAACUGCGGAGGGCUCUUGGCGAGAAUGAGUUUGAGCAAUUUGAAGUUGGCGUUGACCCUGCGUCGAUCUUGUCGAAUGAAGAUCUGGACAUCUUGACUGAUCGCUCUGAAGAGGCUUACCUGCGUGCUGAGAAAGGAUUGGAUCAAAAAGGGGCUGCGUUUAUUGCAGUUGAAACGAAGCGCGAUCCUGGUGAGAGUAUUCUUUCUUGA